CAGAUUUUCAGACUUUUCCACUUUUCCAUUAUUUCUUUUGAAUAAAAAAUUCUCUAGAAAACUCGAAAUCCAGAAAAAAAAAUAGAAAAAAAAAUUUUUUUUUGAUUUUUUUUCGGGAAAUUUUCUAACUAAAAAUGGUUGCCGUGGAAUUCAAAGUGUCUGAAUCAGGCCGGCCUAGGCCUGAGAAAAACCCAAAAUUAGGCUUUUUCGUCUACUUAUUGGGCUCUGCCGCCAUCAUCGGUGGCUUCCUAUUCGGGUAUGAUACCUCUGUGGUGUCGGCCGCUAUGCUCUACGUGCCAGAAGCUCCCGGGCUCAAGCCUAUGGGAACUGUGUGGAAGGAAGUGAUUGUCAGUAUUACACCAGGUAUGGCAGCCGUUGGCGCCUGGUUUUCGGGAGCCGGCUCGGAUCGCUACGGCCGUAAGCCAAUUAUCAUCGGCUCAACUCUGAUUUUUGUUUGUGGAGCCGUUAUUUGUGCCGUUGCCUGGACAAAAAUCGUAAUGCUUAUUGGUAGAAUUUUCCUGGGCGUUGGUAUUGGAUUCGCGUCAAUGGUGGUGCCUGUGUACCUCGGAGAAGCUUCACCAACACACGUGCGCGGAACCCUCGUAUCAGCUUUUGCAAUGAUGAUCAGCUUUGGACAAGUCGUCGCGAACAUCAUGGGCGGUGUGUUCAGCUACUGGGAACCCUACACCAUCGGAUGGCGGCUCAUGUUCGCGUUCGCCGGAAUUCCAGCUCUGAUCCAAUUUGUCUGCUUCAUCUUCUUGCCAGAGACCCCAAGAUGGCUGUACGAGAACGGACACACCGAGCAAGCCGAGCAGGUUCUGGAGAAAAUCUACGGAGGAAAUACGGAAUGGAUCGAGUACGAGCUGGCCGAGAUUAAGACUUACGCCGAGGAACGCCAGAAACAAAUGGAGGAAGAGAAAAAAUCUGGCCCGGUAAUCUGGAGAAUCCUCAAGACGCCACACGUCCUGAAGGCCUGCUUCAUCGGAUCCAUGCUUCAGGCUUUCCAGCAGCUUGCCGGUAUCAACACAAUCCUCUACUACACCGCCGACAUCAUCAGAAGUGCUGGAAUUGAAAACUAUCACACUAUAAUCUGGAUUUCCGUGAUUUUAUCGAUUUGCAACCUGAUCGGCCCAUUUGCUCCGAUGUUCUUCAUCGAAAAACUAGGCCGCCGUAAGCUUUUCCUCUUCUCUUGUGCUGGAGUCGUUGUCUCGCUGGUGCUCAUCGGUGUAAGCUUCCUGCUCGUCGGCAACGAUUCUGCUCCAAAUUUCGACCGCUCGGCUUACCUGCUCGCCGGAAAUUAUCAGUCAAAUGGAGAAGCCGAGUCCUGCCUGAUGCUGAGCAACUGUGAUAGCUGUGUAACUUCGGAGCACUGCGGUUUCUGUGAAGAUUCGGAGACUAGAACUGGCUUCUGCCUGCCUGUAGAUCACAAUGACGUCACUUUAUACUCGUCUACUGGCUUGUGCACGAAUGGAUUGGACAAGAGCAACUCAUCAUUCCCUAAUGCAACCUCGUAUGUCUGGCAAAAACAUCACUGCACCACAUCGUACACAAUCCUUCCAAUUGUCAUGAUGGGUGUCUACCUGCUCACUUUUUCCUGUGGCUUCACCUCCCUGCCAUGGGUCCUCAACUCGGAGUUCUAUCCGAUGUGGGCCCGAUCGACGUGUGUAUCGAUUAGUACUUUGUCUAAUUGGGUUUUCAACCUAAUCAUUGCACUGACAUAUCUUUCACUCACACACGCUAUAACAAAAUAUGGUGCAUUUUGGCUUUACGCCAUAUUUACCAUUAUUGCAUUCAUUUUCAUCUACUUCUUGGUUCCCGAGACUACUGGAUAUUCUAUUGACGAGGUUGAAAUGCUGUUCAUGAACAAACGCCAACGCAACAUCGCCAUGCAAGCUCGUCAAGCAAAACUGGACGCAGCAUCCGACAAAGAUAAAAACUCGUCAACUUCCCUGUCCACUGAGACUAUAACUAUGUAAUUUUCCCCCCCUCAGAAUAGGCCCAAUUCAGGCCUAAUCUUAUCACAAUUUCACAACAACAAAAAAAAACGGGAUUCAUUUCUUGUGCUUUACCAUAUAUUCCUCGUUCCUGUGGAACUAAACCAUCUAUCAUUUUUAGCCAUUUUCAUGUGUUAUACCCUCAUUUUUCUUCGAUUUUUGCACACUUUUUGCAAAUCCAAUCGAAGAAUAGCACUUAAUCAGUUGUUUUUUGUUUCAUUUUCAGUCAGUUUGGAAAUAAAGUUUUCAAUUUUAAAA